CAUAUACCUCCUGACACUCACAGGAAACAUCACCAUCAUAUCCUUAGUGGGGACCCACCGUCGCCUCCGCACUCCUAUGUACUACUUUCUCUGCAAUCUCUCCUUCCUGGAGAUCUGGUACACCACAGCUACCAUCCUCAAGACUCUUACCAAUCUCAUGUCCCAAAGCAAAACCAUCUCCUUCCUUAGCUGCCUCCUGCAGAUGUACUUUGUUUUCUCCCUAGGCUGCACUGAAUUUCUACUCCUGGCUGUCAUGGCCUAUGAUCACUAUUUGGCCAUAUGCCACCCAUUGCGCUAUAGCUCCAUCAUGAACAGCACCUUGUUCAUUCAGUUGGCCAUUGCCUCAUGGGUAGGUGGCUUCCUGACUAUUUCUGUGCCAGCAUUUCUGAUCACCAGGUUGUCCUUCUGUGGCCCUACGGUCAUCAACCAUUUCUUCUGUGACAUAGAUUCUUGGAUAGAGCUCUCCUGCACAGACACGAGCCUUUUUGAGAUGGUGUACAUUUCUAGGUGCUUUAUUGUCAUCCUGGGCUCCUGUGCAGUCACCCUGAUCUCUUACAUUUACAUCAUCUCCACCAUCCUGAGAAUCCCAUCUGCCCAAGGCUGGAAAAGGACCUUUUCCACUUGCUCUGCCCAUCUCACCGUUGUGGUUAUAGUGUACGGCUGCUCCAUCUUCCUGUACGUCAAGACUUCUAAACAGAACUCACUAGACAUGAGCAAAAAUGUCUCUGUCUUCAAUACUAUUGUGACACCAUUGCUUAACCCUUUCAUUUACACUCUAAGGAAUAAAGACGUCAAGGAAAUCAUGAGAAAGGCUUUUCAUAGGACAUGACGUUAUUGUCUAAUGGCCUGGAUAGCACUGAUUUAGUCAGGCAGCGAGGGGAAAUCAAGUGAACCAUCAAAACAUAUGAAUAUUAAAUAAAUCAUUUUUGGUAUCUAAAUAUAAUCAAAUAAAAAUAAUGCAGAAUUUGGCCCAGAAUUUGGAAACUAUGUUACCGGGACUGAGUCUCAUUUACAAUAAGGCAACUUUGAAUUCUUUUGGCAGUGUAAAUGGACCUUAAAAUGGGUGUGACUGUAGUUCACAAGGUCUGAAAGACCCUUUUAAACUGCUGGAAUGAUGGAAAGGGGGGGUUAUUUUCAGUGUUCAUCAAGUCCUCAUUGUUUGUGUAUAUAAACUAGCCUGAUAUGAUAUAUUUCUCCAUUUUACCCAGAUACUUGCUUCUGACAUUUAGCACUCUAGUACUUUUGAUGUAGCUCCACAAGCAUUGACAUCACUUUUCUUACAAUCCAGAAAAUGUUGAUAAGACUCUCUGAAAACUUUUAGAAGACUUGGAUGUGACUGGAAAGCUGUGAUAAUACUUUGUCACAUCUGUCAACACAAUGAUGCAAAUUACACAGCUUCUUAUUAUCUUUCACAUGAUUUGACAUAUAUCUAGCUCUAUUACAACAUUUUGACAAGGCUCUAUGGUCCAGAAGCCAAAGGUAUUUAGGUGCUAAAAUCAGGCUCAGCCUUUCCAGGAAUUAGGCAUCAAAACCUGAUUCAGUUUUGAUGGGAUUUGUGGGCCUAACUCUUAGCAAUUUAACACCUUUAACAAUUGCAACCUAAACAACAAUAAAAUAUAAUCAUGGAUCUAGGUGUGGAUAUUUUGACAUGUGAUGUUGACAAUUUGUAUUAUAACAGCUCAUAAAGCUUAACUUUUUGAAUCUGAAUGUCUAUUGCCAUUAAAUAAUUGCCUGGCCACUC